AUGGCACAGCGUCACGCCAGACAGCCUCCGGUGGCAGCGCUCGUGACGGCCGCCGCUUUCCUGUCGGCGGCUUGCGCCCUCUCGGUGGCGGGCGACUCCCGGCCCGAGCCGGCGCUCGGAGGCGAGCCGGAGGCGGACUGCGCCACCACGGGCGCGUCGUGGCCCUGCGCCAAGGCCAAGCUGCUGCGCUUCGCCGUCAGGGCCGCCUCCUCACCACGGCAGGUGUUCCUGUGGGGCACGCUGUCGCUGUCGCCGCUGGGCUCUGCUGGCUCUCCCGUCCUCUCCAGCCAGGCGCCGCUGUUCCCGGGGUCUGCGCCGCGCGCCGGUGACUCCGAGGCGGACAAAGCCAGCAAGUUCGCUCUGCGCAUGCUCGAGCGGUACGCGCGCUCUCACGCGCUGCGCCUCGACCUGGCCCCGAGGGAUGACACCGACCGCCAGCUGGCGACCUCGGAGGCCCGCGGCAAGAAGAAGAAGGCGGCGAUCGUGCUGCCGCUGAUCCUCUUCAUGAAGCUGAAGGCGCUGCUGAUCCCCACGCUGCUGGGAGUGCUGUUCAUCAAGAAACUGCUCGUGCUCGCCGCCAUCUUCCUGCCGGCGCUGCUCCACUACCUCAAGGCCUGCAAGAUGCCGUACCACCACCACCACGCAGUGGCGUACCACGUACCGCACGGCGACUGGUCGUCCAGCGGCGCCGACCACUCGGCCACUGGGGUGGACGGCCCCACGGGCUACGGCGGGAGCGGGGGCCACUACGCCUCUCGUAAGCACCUGGCGGGCGGCCGACGCUCCGCCCUGCGUCGCCAGAGGUACUGACUGCCACACAGAGAUGACGGACGUACUCAGCUGCGAAGCAUUUCUCCUGUGACGUCUGUACGGACGCUGGUGUUUUGUUGACAGAUGACAGAGGUCGUCGAUGACGAACGGGCCUCAGUCUACCACAGGAUGACGAACAUUUCAUACGAUAGACCUAAGUUGACGUGAUAAACCAGCUAUACUAUUCAGUCGCUAAAUGACU